AUGGAGGAGCCGGAGAUGCAGCUGAAGGUGAAGAAAGUCACAGAUAAGUUCACAGAGAGCAUGUACCUGCUGGCCAAUGAGCCCUCCGUGGCCCUCUACCGCCUGCAGGAGCACGUCAGGAGGUCCCUGCCAGAGCUUGCACAGCACAAGUCUGACAUGCAGAGCUGGGAGGAGCAGAGCCAAGGAGCCAUCUACACUGUGGAAUAUGCCUGCAGUGCCAUCAAGGGCAUGGCUGACAGCAGUGUGUACUUCAGGAGCAUCGACAGCCUGCUCAAGCAAGCCAUAGCCAUGAAGGAGCAGCUGAACGCUGCCCAGGGCCGCAGCUCUGCUGCUCCCCAAGCCAAGAAUCCUCCAGCCAGUUCCUGAUCCCAGGCAAGCCCUGGCCAUCCUCUGCUGCCUUCUCCAGCCCAGUUCUGUGUCCUCCAGCCACAGGGAGGGGCAAGGAACCAACCUCCUCCAUCUGGGAAGCUGCCCACAGGCUGCUGCCUGCCUCCCUUGGUUCCCAGGAGCAGCUAAAUUCCUGUCACUGGGGUGGGGACUGCCUUUGGGGGGUGCUCUGGGGAGCACUUGUGUCCCUUUCCAGAGGAGGGAAAUGAGGUGGAUUUGUCCUUUCCAGCUCUUCUCAGCUGCAGGCUGCUCCUGAGGUGGUUUAUUUUGUGUUUUCCCUCUCUACCUCUUGGCCACAGAAAAUCUGGGUCUUGCUUUCAGUGUUUUGUAGGUGGCUGUUAAGGACCUGCCAUGGGCACACUUCAGCUUUGUUCUCUGCAAGGAGAGUUUUUCAUCUGCCUGCCAAGGGGUUGCUGAGUUUGGAUUUAGUGAGAAUAAUAAAAAG